GAGAGAGAGAGAGAGAGAGAGAGUUUUACGUCAGCAUGACGUUGUGGGUGAAUCUGGUGGUUGUGGCGGCUGUGUGUUUGCUCGGAGGACCAGUGUUAGUCUACACAGACGAUGACGACUCGCACGAAGUUCGGCAGAACUCCCAGCCCCCUGCUGAUGUUGUAAACCCCUGCCCUAUCCCGCCUGAGCUUGAGAACGGUGCCUCCACCCUCGACGGGACUCGGGGCAAUAUCUUCUAUCGCUGUAACCCUGGGUACGCAUUGUAUGGACCCAAUGGAAACACACUACGAUGCGUGGACGGACAGUGGGUUGGAUCUGUUCCAGUGUGCUCAGCUAAAGGUUGUCCAGAAAAAACGGUGGUGGAGUCUUCCAUCAUGCCUCGUCGAAACAGAGGUACCGUCUUCGAGGUCAACUGCUGGGCCGGAUUUGAGCUCGAGGGACCCGCGUUCAUUUACUGCGACGGAGCCCGCUGGAGGAAUGAACCCCGGUGCGUCCUACAGAAAUCGGCACAUAACUCUGCUCCUAGUUGCUCGGAGCCUGCAAGAAUCCCUAAUGCAAGAAUGACGAUAACGCAAGGUGGACGAGGUGUUUCAUAUUCAUGUGACUCUGGUUUCUUCCAAAAACUUGGGGACAAGACUUUACAAUGCAACUCUGAUGGCCAAUGGACAGGCAUAGCAGCUGUGUGCGCUCGUGCUGGCUGCGGAGUGCCCAGUGUAAACGCCGUCACUAAUGGUGUGAUUGCCGUUAAACAGUGGAUGGUGUUGAAGAUGACGUGUAAUCCUGGGUACGACUUGGUAGGUUCUCCAGCUCUGUUUUGCGAUGGCCAGAGAUGGAACGGGAGUCUGCCGACUUGCCAGCCACAGCGGCAACCAAACGGCGAUGGCUAUCCCUCCAGGGUUGAAGAUGGUACUCGCUGCGGAGGCAUUCCAUCCGUUCCAAACGCUAGACCAGACUACGGAGAAGAGCGUGAUGAUCGUGGGCAUUUAUUCUACACUGUGAAAUACAUCUGUAACUCUGGGUACACCAUACAACCCGCCAACUACGCCGUGUACUGCUCAGCAGGAAACGUCGUCGGGAUCCUUCCUCAUUGUUACGCUCAGUGUGGAUAUGGAAAAGGAGGUUGCCAACACUUGUGUACAAACACCGACCAGGGUGCUGUUUGCUCGUGCAGAGAUGGCUACAAGUUGGCAGAUAAUGGGAAAAGAUGCACAGAUAUUGAUGAAUGUGCCAGCAAUAGAGGGCGUGGUGCAUGUGCGCAUCGGUGCGUCAAUCACGAUGGGGGAUUUCGAUGCUACUGUGACCAUGGACAUACAUUAGCGACUGAUGGAACUUCUUGCACAGAAAUUCCGAAAUCUUGUAGCUGUGGGACACACGGCCAUUGCGUCGAAGCACGCGGUAAAACUCCAGCGUUCUGCCGGUGUAAUGACGGUUACCGACAAAGCCCCGAUCGUCUCAGUUGUGACAGAGUUCCCCAGACUCAAUGUAGCUGUGGCACUGGAUCUGAAUCAUGUUGGGAAGGAAAUGGAGAGAGAAUCUGUACCUGCAGGACAGGCUAUCGGCAAAGUGGUCGUAUAUGUGUUGAUAUUGACGAGUGUCAAGAAAACGGCGGUCUAGGGGACUGCCAGAAGGGUUGUAUGAACACCGCAGGUUCCUACAGGUGCUACUGCCCGGGAGAAUGGCAGUAUCCGUCCGAAGACUUAAGGACUUGUCGAGAACGUCCAUGUUCCUGUGGUGUUAGAUCAACUGGCUGUUCUCAGCCCAACGGGAGGAAGAUCUGUACAUGCGCUGAAGGAUAUAGACGCAGUCAAACAGGAGACAGUUGUGUCGACCAUAAUGAAUGUCAGGCGUCAACACCUUGUGCCGGAUCAUGCGUUAACACUGUAGGCUCCUAUCGAUGUAGCUGUCCACAGUCGGGGUACCGACUCGCACAGGAUGGAUACAGUUGUGAAGAUGUCAACGAAUGCCAGAAUGACAGGUUAAAUCAAUGCAAAGGCGUGUGCCUGAAUACACAAGGUAGCUACCGCUGUGAGUGCCCAGCAGGACACCUCCUAAUGCCUGAUGGGAUUUCAUGUGAUGCAUGCCGGACCAAUUCCUACUAUAGCAGCACGUUGAACGAGUGUGUUGAAUGCCCGCAAUAUUCCCGCACAAUCGGCAACGCCAAGGCGACCAUUGACGACUGUCACUGCAAACCUGGAUACAAUGAGCACCCUGGCGAGGAUAUACUGUGCAAAGAUAUUGAUGAAUGUAAUGGCAACAAUGGAGGCUGCGAACAUGACUGCAUUAACACGCCAGGAGACUUCUAUUGCGCAUGCCCAAAAGGAUUCAAACUGAUCGACAAUGGGAAGGAUUGUGUUGAUCAUGAUGAGUGCGCUCAAAGGAAAGGCGGCUGUCAACACAACUGUGUCAACUCUGAAGGAAGUUUCCAAUGUACAUGCAAUGAAGGAUACAUGGUGGACCCAAACGAUUCCUAUCUGUGCGCAGAUGUGGAUGAGUGCAGCCAGUCCACCCAUGGCUGCGAACAAGAAUGCGUGAACUACCCCGGUAGUUACCACUGUGCCUGUAAUAGCAGCUCAAUACUCGCAGAGGACGGCAAAAAGUGUAAUCCCAUCACAUGUAACCCGUUGCUCUUGCCUGACAAAAUGAAAGUGUAUCCAAUCAAAUUGUGCCAAGGAAAUCAUGCGACAAAGAAAAUUAUAGUUGGUACAACAUGUACCGUGGAUUGCAAGAGAGGAUAUGAGUUGAGAGGGCCUGCAAAUCGUACAUGUCUUAACACUCGACAGUGGUCAGCACAGCCAGCAUCUUGCAUACCCAUACGAUGCCCCGCCCUCCAGAACCCAAAGAACGGCCUGGUCCACCCUUCCUCGUGUCUCCAAAAUGACAGUAGUGCGUUCCAGGGGUCGUGUGUCUUCUCAUGCGACGAGGGGUACGCCUUGGUGGGGACGAGCCUGACCAGCUGUGAGAAAACAGGGACGUGGUCACUGGAGACACCCACCUGCAAGCAGGUUUCUGAAAUAACUUGCCCACAAGACGUCACCAAGAUUUUAGAACCAGGCCAGGCACAAGCAGUCAUAGAUCUAGUGGAGCCAGUUCACUCCCUGAACAGGAUUGAAUCUAGCGUACCUACACAAGGACACGCCUUCGAUGUAGGGACAACCGAAGUGGUCUACACAGCAUUUAGUAAUACAUCAGACUCGUCAGCAACGUGCUCGUUCAAUGUCGUCGUUAAAGACGAAGAACGGCCAGUGUUCCAAUUGUGUCCCAAUUCAUUCACCGUCAAGACCGCCGAGCAGUACCCGACGGUAAUCUGGGAUGAACCGGUGGUCACCGACAACGUUGGCGUGGUCAGAAACACCACUCGGAUUUCUCCAGAUCGGCGCUUCACUUGGGGAACGUACACUGUACUGAUAGACGCCAGUGAUGGAUCAGGCAACACUGUUACGUGUCAAUUCUCCAUAUCAAUCCAAACCAAGGAGUGCGGCACACCUGUUGCCCCGGCCAAUGGAGCAAUCAGCUGCUCUGAUUGGAUGUUCGGCAAGAUCUGUGAGCCCUCUUGUGACGAAUCGCAUUACUUCUUCGAGGGGCUUCCUUCAAGCGUGUUCCUGUGUGGGUUCGAUGGGGUCUGGUCCCCAUCUUCUAUAGCACCAGACUGUAGUCCUUAUGAAGAGCAUAACUCAGAGUUGCCAUGCCCAACCGGGACAGUACAGACAUCGUUCCCAGCUAUUGAAGGGGAAAUAUGCAUUUCUUGCCCACGCGGGAUGUUCUACGGGGAAGUCAACUCGACCAUUGCCUGCCUGCCGUGCCCUGUGGGCACCUACCAAGACGAGUUCGGCCAGGAAUCGUGUAAACAAUGUGAGCGUGGUCAAACCACGGAGGGCAAGUCGUCCAAGGCAAGCACUGACUGCCAAGCAAGUGAAGUUAUGCCAACCACAGAGGAGGCACCGACCACAGAGGAGGCACCGACCACAGAGGAGGCACAGACCCCAGAGGAGGCACCGACCCCAGAGGAGGCACCGACCCCAGAGGAGGCACCGGCCACAAUGGAACAAAAGUAGCUGAAUAUACUAACUAAGCAUGCUGUGGUCGUAGGUAUCAAUCACAACGCAGCACAAUUGCAACAUUAUCAAUGUCCUCAUUAUAUAUUUGAAAUGAUGGAUAACCAGUCAGAUGUUUGGUAAAUUUAAAUUGUGUUACACCCACAAGUUUUGUACCCUCGGUAUCGCUUGGAGUUUGCCGAAGGUGUUUCGGGCAGUGACUGCUGAUUGUAACCCUACACUUUGUAAACCCCAUCACAAUGUGUUACCAAUAAUUGUAUUGGUCUCAUUAGUCCAAAUUUUUAAGAACUUGUGUGGAAGUUAAAUAAUGAUCAGCGCUUUUUGAGACGCCUUUUAGUAAAAGUGCUAUAAUACAUUAGUUGUUUUGAUUAUCUUAUGACACUAUAAAAUUAAUGGUCGACAAUUAUAGUUUUUUUAGUGUUUCAACUGUUGGUUGUAGAAUCCAUCACAUAGAGAACUUUAGAAAGAAAUGUGAAGUUUUUAAAGCGUCAUAUUAAUGACGGACUUUUUGGUUGGUCUUAUUUCGUCCAUUAAGCAGAUUCAAUAAAGUGACUUGAGCGACCCGAAAGAAGGAUGUUUUCGAUGAAAAACCCUUUUCAGUGAGGAAGUCAAAUUUGAAACGAAACAAAAAGUAUGUUCGCCAAACGAAAAAAAAAA